AUGGACUCUUUUCCCUCAUCCAGUGCUGGAACUAGCUCAUCGCUAGAUAAUUCUCAAAGAUCCUCUGCUUCUUCUGUGCUCUGGGCUCAUUUGUUACGGAAAGACGUCCUGUCCAGUCCGACGAAGACCGAUCUCCCUCUGCCUCCUCUUGCUCCUGUCGACAAAUCUGCAACGUCGACUCGUAUUCUCUUGUUGGAUACACAAGCACAUCUGCAAAAGUUUGGACAAGUCGUGGAUGAUCUAACUUCGAAAGUGGACAACGCGAAACAUGAAAUCGUGACGGUAAAGACACUAUUCCAACAGGACCGGGAGGUUUUUAUGAACGAUAUCGUCGAUAGAUUGAACAGAAACCAGUCAGAAAUCCAAAAGAGCAUGGGUAAACCAGCUCAAACCAGUGGGCUGGAAGAUGUUCAGAAGAUACUCGAACUUCGACUGCAAAAUAUGGAUCAGCGUCUGGAUUCACUACAGAUGGUAAAUUUGGCUCGAUUGCGUGUGUUCUUCUAA